AUGACCAUUGAGCAGUUUCCAGUUUCAGGGCCGUGGAAUCUUGAUGAGACGGAAGUUAUUGUGCAGUCAUCAACAGAGUAUAUUGAAGCGGUCGAUAUGCGCACUUACGAUUUGCAGGGAAAUAGCGAGUGGGAAUUGAGUUCAAUAAAAGCUUUUUCUGUGCCAGCACCUGACAAUUCAGACGGAAGCGUCUACUCAUCGGUGAUCUACCUAGUCGAGUUAAAAAGAAAACCGGUCUACUACGUUCUUGUUAUUCAGGCGCCAUCAUUUAUCAUGACAACAUUGACGCUACUCGGAAUAUUCACACCAUUCAGCAACACUCCAGAGAGGCGCGAAAAAGUGACUCUUGGUCUGAAUAUGUUCGUGUCAGUCUCAAUGAUGUUGAACUUGGUUGCUAAUAUGAUGCCAAAAGCGUCGAGACUUCCUCUAUUAGGUAACUACAUCCUUGCUGAGAUUUUCGUCACUGCAGCUGCACUGCUCGUGUCCAUUGUCAUUCUCAUCACUCACCAACGCUGUCACACCAGAUGUAUUCAGCCACCAAAAUGGCUGUUGAACAUUCUCGUGUGUCCGUGUAGCAGACGAAAGAUAGAUAUAGACUGCGAACCUCCUCCUUAUUCACUUUGUAGCGAUUCACCAUCUCUUGAAAUCUUGGAGCAACCAGAAAUUGUGGACUCCUUGAAAAUGACCACGUCAGCGCUGCGCUCGACAAUCGAACGAUUAGAAAGUGAAGAUGACAUCCGCCUUACUUGGAUUCGCAUAUUUGAUCGGAUCGAUAUGUUAUGUCUAGUAGCGUUCCAAGUGUUGAACGUAGUCGCUUCAACAUUGUUCAUGCGAUGA